CACAUGACAGGUGAGAGUUACUCUUUCCCAAGUGCCACAGAGCAAACGUCGCUGCGUAAAAGCGCACAUUAGAAAACGAAGUAAGAUUACUUGUUAAGAAUUACUGAUUUAUUUGGCGAAAUUAUCAGAUGGGAGAGAUGAGCGCGAGCCUGAGUGAGCAGUAUGAGGAGAAGGUGCGUCCGUGCAUCGACCUGAUUGACUCUCUGCGCGCGCUCGGUGUGGAGAAGGACCUCGCGCUGCCCACCAUCGCCGUGAUCGGAGACCAGAGCUCGGGGAAGAGCUCGGUGCUGGAGGCGCUGUCCGGAGUCGCGCUGCCCCGCGGGAGUGGUAUUGUGACAAGAUGUCCGCUCGAGUUGAAGAUGAAGAAGAGCAGGAAGGAAAAUGUCUGGCAUGGAAAGAUCAAUUUCGAGGACUAUGAAGAAGAGUUUGAAGAUCCAAAAGAUGUAGAUCAAUUGAUUAGAAAAGCUCAGAAUCAAAUGGCUGGCAGUGGCAUGGGCAUCAGUGACAAGCUCAUCAGUCUGGAGGUGACAUCAACCAAUGUACCUGACCUCACACUUAUCGACCUGCCUGGUAUUACCCGUGUAGCAGUCCAAGAUCAACCGGAGAACAUUGGAGAACAAGUUAAGAAACUAAUCAAAAAGUUCAUCGAAAAGCAAGAAACCAUCAUCCUGGUGGUGGUGCCAUGUAACGUGGACAUUGCCACUACGGAAGCACUGAAGAUGGCUCAAGAAGUUGAUCCAAAUGGCAAGAGGACCCUGGGCAUUUUAACAAAGCCUGACCUGGUGGAUAAAGGCAUGGAGGAGAUGGUGGUGUCCAUUGUCGACAAUGAGAUCAUAUACCUCAAUAAGGGCUACAUGAUCGUCAGGUGCCGAGGACAGCAGGAGAUCCAGGACCACUUUUCUCUGUCUGAAGCGAUCAAGAAGGAGAGAAACUUCUUUAAAGAUCACACACAUUUCAGCAAGCUAUGUGACAUUGGAAAAGCUACCAUUCCCAAAUUGGCUGAGAAACUAACGCUUGAACUUGUCCUUCACAUUGAGAGUUCUCUGCCAGAAUUGGAGGAGCAAAUCCUGAUGAAGUUGGCUGAGGCUCAGGGUGAACUGGAUCGCUAUGGCUCAGGGCCUCCUACAGAACAAGAACAUCGGAUCUGCUUUCUGACUGAUAAAAUCACAGCAUUCAAUCAGGAUGCCAUCAGCCUGACGAUUGGAGAGGAGGUGAAGAGCAUGCCAAAAUUAAACAUCUUUACAGCCUUGAGGAAGGACUUUGCUCUCUGGAACAAAGAUGUAGAGAGUAUAGGACACAACUUUGAAAAGAAGCUAGAGAUGGAUUUGCAACAUUAUGAUGAAAAAUACAGAGGUAGAGAAUUUCCAGGCUUCAUCAACUACAAGACGUUUGAGAUGUUUGUGAAGGAACAGAUCAAGCUACUGGAGGAACCUGCCAUCAGAAGACUGAAGGAAAUCUCGGAUCUUAUUAGGAAUGAGUUUAUCCAACUGGCUCAUUCCAACUUCCCAGGUUUCCCUAAUCUCUUCAGAAUGGUAAAGAACAAAAUAGAGAAAAUAAAGCAGGUAAAAGAGUCAGAGGCUGAAUUAAUGCUAAGGACCCAGUUUAAGAUGGAGCUGAUGGUCUAUACCCAAGACAAUAUAUAUAAUGCUACCCUGUGUAUACUGAAGACCAUGGAGGAAGAAAAAGAGAGAGAAAAAUAUGGUGUGGCUCAAACUGCUUCUCAUAGUUUGUGCGAUUACUCUGACAGAGGAGCCGCUCUUGAGGAACUGAAGCGCCACUUGAAGACUUACUACAGUAUUGUGAGUAAGCGUCUGGCUGACCAGGUGCCACUGGUGAUCAGGUACAUGGUCAUUCAGGAGUCAGCAGCACAACUGCAAAGAGAAAUGAUACAGCUCUUAAAGGACAAAGUCAACAUUGAUGAUCUGCUGAAAGAAGAUCAGGACAUCUCUAGCAAACGGAACAUCCUGAAAGGCCGCCUGAAACGGCUGACAGAUGCUCUCAAAAACCUGGAAGAAUUUCCGAGUUAUUCAUAAAUGCAGCUAUAGAAUCUGUUUUGGUGAAUUAUAAUUUACAGUUUAAAGAAAUGAUGUAACUGUUAAUCACUUAUUCAACUAGGUGGAUACACAAGGAAUUUUCUGUUAAAACAAUUUCUUUCUGUACUGUGUUGAUUCUGUCACAAAAUGAUCUUGGAUUUUUUUUUAAGGUAUUGUACUGUUUUCUGCUUCUUAUAUUAAUUGGAAGAAUUCAUUAUUAUUAUUUUGUUAUGGAUUACUAAUGAUUAGCUAGAAAAGUCUUAUAAUCCAAUGGCCCUCAAUAAAUUAAACCAAAUUUG